AUGGCGGACGACCCCAACGCAGCAGACAGGAACGUGGAGAUAUGGAAGAUAAAGAAGUUGAUCAAAAGUCUAGAAGCUGCUCGUGGGUACGUGUGGACAUGACAAGUGGAAGAAAUGACAAAUGCAUGGUGUUGUCAGUGACUUUCUUCAUCAUAUUGAACCACUAACUUGAAGCUAACGGUACCAGGCCCAGCUAGCUAGCAAUUCUUUUAGUGGAAGUUUUAGCUAGCUUACUAACUAGCAGUUAGUUUGAGUAUUUAUUUGAACGCAUAGUUAGCUAGCUAGUUGGCUAGCUGACAAGCUAGGUCACAUGUCAUUGGCAUUGAUCUACGUUUCGAACGUUUGAGUAGUCAUGUAGCUAGCUAAUGUUACCACAGCUAACGUUAACUAGCUUGCUAUUAGUUUUGUAACUUCAAUGACUUCUUUACAUUUACAGCUAGAUAGAUGACAAUAAUAGUAUCUGAAAUUCACAGCUAGCUAGCUGAUAAUACUAGUAGGCUGUCUGACAAUCUGAAUCUACACAUUGUUUUGGUAUAGCAAACACAUAGCUGAUACCCAACCAUAUUUAGCUAGUCUUUACAUUCAAAUUGAGUGACUGGACUAAAGUUUUCUUUUUUAAAGUGUAAUUUCAUGGCAGUUUUCACUGACCAAGUCAAAACUGUCAGUGCCACAUCACUUAAAUAGGCGUUGACUGGCUGGCAAUAGACCUGUCAGCCGGAGUAGCUGAUAUAGUUAAUUUUAGGUCAAAAGAUCAAGCAAUAACUAUGCUUUUCACUCUGAGUGAAACAGUAAAACUACUGUGACCUUCACCCCCUUGACUAGGGGCAGAAGCAAGCUUGUGGCCCACACCUGUCAACAUGGUUGUCUAAACAAAAAUGUGGAAAUAUGAGACUACUACUGUAGUAAUGUCCUCAUCUGACAACCUGUCAUAAGAGCUUGCCUUAGAGCAGUCAGGUUUAAUGCUAUACUUGUAUGAAAAGGCCUGGCUUGCUUGGGUAAACAGGACACAUCUGUAGGGCAGGUUUAGUAAUCCAUAACCUGUGGUUUCUGUUUUUACAAAGUUGUUAAAAUGUGUGUUUCAAUAAAUAGCUUGCAGACAUAAUUUCACCUGAGUUACUGUGCAACUUACUUUCUACUCAAAGGACGUGUUAGAAUAUGCCUUGUGUUUUAACGUGGGUUUAAUGCAAUUGAACUCCUCUCAGGAAUGGUACGAGUAUGAUCUCCUUGAUCAUCCCUCCUAAGGACCAGAUCUCCAGAGUGGCCAAGAUGUUGGCUGAUGAGUUUGGCACUGCAUCCAACAUUAAAAGCAGAGUCAACAGGCUCUCUGUGCUCGGAGCCAUCACCUCUGUACAGCAGAGACUCAAACUCUACAAUAAAGGUGUGUGUGAAGUCAGUAGUUAAACCCUAUCUCUCUCCUGUAUUAAGUAAUUUGGGGUGGUCCAAGCUGGGUUACGGGCAUUUCUUAUUUCAGUCAAUUGAUCUAUGAGAGCAAACUUAUUUUUGACCCUGCAGUGCCUCCCAACGGCUUGGUUGUAUACUGUGGCACCAUUGUGACUGACGAGGGCAAAGAGAAAAAAGUCAAUAUCGACUUUGAGCCUUUUAAACCCAUCAACACUUCGCUGUAUCUCUGUGACAACAAGUUCCACACAGAGGUAAGGUUGUUCAACACUCCUCGGUCCAUUGUUUUCUCACCUCGCUAUAUCUUUCCUAUGGACCUACAGUUGAAGUCGGAAGUUUACAUACACCUUAGCCAAAUACAUUUAAACUCAGUGUUUCACAAUUCCUGACAUUUAAUCCUAGUAAAAAUGCUUAGGUCAGUUAGGAUCACCACUUUAUUUUAAGAAUCUGAAAUGUCAGAAUAAUAGUAGAGUGAUUUAUUUCAGCUUUUAUUUCUUUCAUCACAUUCUCAGUGGGUCAGAAGUUCACAUACACUCAAUUAGUAUUUGGUAGCAUUGCCUUUCAAUUGUUUAACUUGGGUCAAAUGUUUCGGGUAGCCUUCCACAAGCUUCCCACAAUAAGUUGGGUGAAUUUUGGCCCAUUCCUCCAGACAGAGCUGGUGUAACUGAGUCAGGUUUGUAGGCCUCCUUGCUCGCACACGCUUUUUCAGUUCUGCCCACAAAUUUUCUAUAGGAUUGAAGUCAGGGCUUUGUGAUGGCCACUCCAAUACCUUGACUUUGUUGUCCUUAUGCCAUUUUGCCACAACUUUGGAACUAUGCUUGGGGUCAUUGUCCAUUUGGAAGACCCAUUUGUGACCGAGCUUUAACUUCCUGACUGAUGUCUUGAGAUGUUGCUUCAAUAUAUCCACAUAAUUUUCCUUCCUCAUGAUGCCAUCUGUUUUGUGAAGUGCACCAGUCCCUCCUGCAGCAAAGCACCCCCACAGCAUGAUGCUGUCACCCCGUGCUUCAUGGUUGGGAUGGUGUUCUUCGGCUUGCAGGCGUUCCCCUUUUUCCUCCAAAUAUAACGAUGGUCAUUAUGGCCAAACAGUUCUAUUUUUGUUUCAUCAGACCAGAGGACAUUUCUCCAAAAAGUACUUCUCUUUGUCCCCAUGUGCAGUUGCAAACCGUAGUCAGGCUUUUUUAUGGCGGUUUUGGAGCAAUGGCUUCUUCCUUGCUGAGCGGCCUUUCAGGUUAUGUCGAUAUAGGACUCGUUUUACUGUGGAUAUAGAUACUUUUGUACCUGUUUCCUCCAGCAUCUUCACAAGGUCCUUCGCUGUUGUUCUGGGAUUGAUUUGCACUUUUCGCACCAAAGUACGUUCAUCUCUAGGUGACAGAAUGCGUCUCCUUCCUGACCGGUAUGACGGCUGCGUGGUCCCAUGGUGUUUAUACUUGCGUAGUAUUGUUUGUACAGAUGAACGUGGUACCUUCAGGCGUUUGGAAAUUGCUCCCAAGGAUGAACCAGACUUGUGGAGGUCUACCAUUUUUUUUCUGAGGUCUUGGCUGAUUUCUUUUGAUUUUCCCAUGAUGUCAAGCAAAGAGGUACUGGGUUUGAAGGUAGGCCUUGAAAUACAUCCACAGGUACACCUCCAAUUGACUCAAAUGAUGUCAAUUAGCCUAUCAGAAGCUUCUAAAGCCAUGACAUCAUUUUCUGGAAUUUUCCAAGCUGUUUAAAGGCACAGUCAACUUAGUGUAUGUAAACUUCUGACCCACUGGAAUUGUGAUACAGUGAAUUAUAAGUGAAAUAAUCUGUCUGUAAACAAUUGUUGGAAAAAUUACUUGUGUCAUGCACAAAGUAGAUGUCCUAACCGACUUGCCAAAACUAUAGUUUGUUAACAAGAAAUGUGUGGAGUGGUUGAAAAACAAGUUUUAAUGACUGUAUGAAUGAAGUGUAUGUAAACUUCCGACUUCAACUGUAUUUGCUUAUAUCACAUUAUGACUAACUGGGAAUGGAGUUUUGCCUUUGGAUUGCACUAUUGGAACAAAAUGGUAUCUCAUGAUAUAAAAAAUCAGUGUUGCCUGUUUUGGUGAAACAAGUUGGCGUUGUUUUUGUAGCCUGAAGUUAUGCACAGCCGAUGGUUAAUAUUGACCACCUAAUUCGAUGUAAUUUUUCAUCUUACUUAAUGUAUUUUGUCUCUCUCAGGCUCUUACAGCCUUGCUCUCAGAUGACAGCAAAUUUGGUUUCAUUGUGAUUGAUGGGAGUGGCGCCCUCUUCGGAACCCUGCAGGGCAACACCAGGGAGGUGCUGCACAAGUUCACAGUGGACCUACCCAAGAAGCACGGUAAAAACCCUACAUUCACAUACAACGUAUACUUAUGAACAGAAUUACAGCCAGCCUGUCAACACACAACCAUGUAUAACAAACAGUCCUCUUUCAGGCAGAGGAGGGCAGUCUGCCUUGCGUUUUGCUCGUUUGAGGAUGGAGAAGAGACACAACUACGUGCGAAAGGUGGCGGAGACGGCGGUCACGCUUUUUGUUUCCAACGACAAGGUCAACGUAGCAGGCAUGGUCUUGGCUGGUUCAGCUGACUUCAAGACGGAGCUCAGCCAGUCAGACAUGUUUGACCCGGUCAGUAUCUCCAGACCCACCAUUCCAGGUCUUUCUGGUGCCAUUGUCAGCAUUGCCAUUGUAGUAUUAAACGGCCGAUAUGUGAUCUGUUUGUUGACUGAUGAAUUGCUGACUCGUGUCCAUGCAGAGGCUACAAGCAAAGAUCCUGAAGCUGGUUGACAUAUCAUAUGGUGGGGAGAAUGGGUUCAACCAGGCCAUUGAGCUGUCCGCAGAAGUACUUUCCAAUGUCAAAUUCAUCCAGGAGAAGAAACUAAUAGGUACUUGGAUACAGCAGAUCUCUUGUUAAUUUGUGUGAAUGUCUACUCCGAUAUCGGUCAUCAGUGCUUGAGUGUCUCUCUGGCAUGGACAUGAUCCAUCCUAUUGUCAUAUUGAUAAUAUAGAGGACCUUUUCUCCCAGGACGGUACUUUGAUGAGAUCAGCCAGGAUACGGGGAAGUACUGCUUUGGGGUGGAAGACACACUGAAAGCCCUGGAAAUGGGUGCUGUUGAGAUCCUGAUUGUCUACGAGAACCUGGAUACCAUGAGAUACAUCCUACGAUGCCACGGAGCAGAGGGACUUGCUAUGGUGGAGAAGGGUACAGGUAUGUAAAUAAUAUGUGCGCCCUAUACAAAAUACAUCCAGUUGAGGUAUUCUUGUCUUAACACAUCUCUCUAUUUCUUGCCCCUGUCUGUUCUGUUCAACCUCUUCUUCCACUGAUCCAGAUGAGAAAACGUUGUAUUUGACACCAGAGCAGGAGAAAGACAAGUCUCACUUCACGGACAAAGAGGUCAGUGAGGAGUUCUCUUUCCAUAACCAACACAAACGUAUGAAGGAAGUUCUGUUGUGGUCCCAGAUGUUCUAGAGGAUCUUUUAAAAUGUGACAAUUUUCUCUCAAAUUUCACUUAUGUCUACUUCCUGUGUUCACAUCCAGCACUUUUAUAUGGUGAAUUCUCAUAAAUGGAUCUCUCCCAAUUUUUCCUGAUCCACUUUUUGGGUGUGGGUGUAUUUCUACAGACUGGGCAGGAACAUGAGCUGAUCGAGAGCAUGCCAUUACUUGAAUGGUUCGCCAACAGCUAUAAGAAGUUUGGUGCCUGUCUGGAGAUUGUCACUGACAAGAGCCAAGAAGGAUCACAGUUUGUCAAAGGCUUUGGUGGAAUUGGUGGUAAGGGUUUGAUUAAACAUUCAUAACUAAAUGCUUUUACUAUUCUGGGUUCAUGUGAAUAAAUAAAAAAAUAUUGUCAGUGUAAUGCACCUCUGCAGAGUACCUAAGACUAUGAUUAUUCCUUUACUUCACCUCCACAGGGAUCUUGCGGUACAGGGUGGAUUUCCAGGCCAUAGAGUACCAAGGAGAAGACGAUGAGUUAUUUGAUUUGGAUGACUACUAGGUAGUUGAGACUGAAACAAGAAAUUAAUCAAUUGAAAGGCUUUCCCUGAUUUGACCGACGAGAGACUGGUGGAAGGAAAGCAAGUAGUCAGGAGGGAGACCCAGACCUUCAAAUAAAAGACAUAUCCCUGACUUGAAGCAGUGACUCAUCACCUGGUCGGAUGGAGCUCGUCUUGGUUUGUUCCGCUCCACUCUACAUAAAUGACUGAUUCAAAGUGACUGACAGCAAGGCCACGCUCCUCCUGCCUGCUCUGCCUUCUCUAGGCCGCACUGGAUAGGCUAUACAAAUCUAUUUCUGUCAUCACUCCCCACUUUCUUCUUCAACUCAAUUUCCCUUUAUUUUUAAAUGUUACUUGUACCUGCUGCUGUUGUGUUUUGAGAUUUUGAUUUUGAUUGUUUUGUUUUCCUUUUUUAAAUCAAAUUUAUGUAGAGGGCAGGCAGGGAAAUAAUGAUUAAAUUGGAGCUGCUUUACUAUCCCAUACCCUGUCCCUGCCUCCCGUCUCAUCCUAUCUUUAUUUCAGCACCUGCUUUAUUUUCUCCCAGCUCCCCUCUGGUAAUUUAUUCACUGUUACAGGUGCUGUACUCUGAGCCCAUACAGUUUUCUUGUAUGUUUUUUUAUUUAGAGGACCCUUGCUCUUUAUGACUCAUACAGAGUUCCCAGAGCUGAGAUUAGGGUUGUACAUCUACAUCGUCUGCUUUUAUAUUGCCUUGUACACACACCCUUACCACUCUAUUGUCUCCUUAAGCAUAAUGAACCAUGCCCACAGUGCUGUGCACCAUGCAGACUUUCAUGUUCCCCAGAGAGUCUGUGUCCAAUGUUUACUGUGAUUGAUUGUCUGAAUUGCACAGUGACAGAAACUGACCAAUCUGAGAGCCAGUGUGCUUGUUGCCAGGCAGUUUUGUGUCUGGUCUUCCAGACAUGUUACUGGGUUGUGUUCAGUACUGAACAACCAGUUGAAGAACGUGAUUAUGGUGUCCCAGAGGGCAGUUAACAUAUGAUGUGCUGCAUGAGUUUUGUGAUUUCAGAUGGUCACACCCAUGUUGAUCAGGCCACCACCAAAGCUGUUGAAGAACAGUGUGUACUGUUUUGGGGAAACGUGUCGUUCAGUACAAACCGUUGUGCAAUGUUGCAAACGUUGACGUGUACUGAAUGCACCCCUGGUAUGAGCACUCUGUAU